GAGGAGGAACUCCAUCCUUCAGAUAAGUUCCUGGUUUAUCAGUGAAGCAGGAAGAGAAGCAGAGUUAGAAACCAUCAGCAGCUCAGGAUGAAGGUCUGUUAUACUUUGAUCUGCAUCCUCUUCCUCACUCUGCAGGAUGGAGACGCUGGAGGAACUUAUAGAGGAAUGGAAGGAACCAACAUCACAGUUGGAUGUAAAUUUAAUAAUGUUGGCAUUAGUAGGUUCUUCUGUAAGGAAAACUGUAAAGGAGAAAAUAAUAUGAUUGAUACAAUAGAAAACAGACAUCAGAGAGGAAGAUACAGCAUUCAGUAUGAAGGAACUGGUUAUUUCUCCUCUGUUCUGUCUGUGAGCAUCACAUACCUAAAACCAUCAGACUCUGGACAGUACUGGUGUGGCCUGGGUGACGUUUGGAUUCAUGGUCUUUAUGAUGGUUUUAAUCUGAUUGUGACAGAAGCUUCAACCACCUCAGAACCAAAGUGGACUCUGAAAACUUUUACAUCAUCAUCAUCAUCAUCAUCAUCAUCAUCAUCAUCAUCACCACCAUCAUCAUCAUCAGAAAGGAUGAGUUCCUCCUCUCCUUCCUCACCAACUGAAACCACCAAACAGAGCAGAGCAUCAGGUCUGCUGCUCUAUGUGCUUCUGUCUCUGGUCGCCAAGAUCAUCUUAUUUUCAACACCUUUGGUGAUUUUCUGCAGGAAGAGGAGGCUCACUGAAAGCAAAGGUCCUGCUGUGGAAACAGAGUUCAGUGAAAUCUCUCAGACCAACCCAUAGAGGGAGGAGAUCAGAGGAGGACGGACAGAACAAUCAUCUGCUGAGGAAACAUCUUCACUUUAGACCUGAACUAAACUCAGAAACAAUCAGAGCUCAAAAUCCAGAUUAAGAAGAUUUAAUUUGAAGUUUGACAACAAAAUUAUUGAAAAACUAUUUUUUAUUUUAGCUCUCAGUCUCCUA